UAUUUUAUUUAUAUGAGUACACUUUAGCUGUCCUCAGACACACCAGAAGAGGGCAUCGGAUCCCAUUACAGAUGGUUGUGAGCCACCAUGUGGUUGCUGAGAACUGAACUCAGGACCUCUGGAAGAGCAGUCAGUACUUUUUUUUUUUUUUUGGUUCUUUUUUUCCUAGGCAAGCGCUCUACCACUGAGCUAAAUCCCCAACCCCACAGUCAGUGCUCUUAACCACGGAGCCAUCUCUCCAGCCCAAAUGCGAUUUUAAAACCAAAAAGAAAAACUAGGUUUCUAAUCAGUUUGAUUGGGUGUAAGGCUGAGAGGAGGGAAAGAUGUGAGUAGGGCUACCAAGCGAAAUCAUGGCUCAAUCAAUAGAAAUAAAAGAAAGCACUGAGUAGGUUAACACCAGAGUGGUUAGAACAGACAGACUCAAGCACGGGAAGAUUCCUGGGCUCAGCCCCAAAGACAAGUGUAACCAUGGAAACGGUAAACAUACAUGCAUCCAAGGUUGCAAAAAAAACAAAAAACAAAAAAAACCAAAAAACAAAACCCCAUAACCACCAGAAUGGGUGCAGACUAAACAGGUUAGGGGCACAGUCCUGAUGAAACCAGUUCCAGGGUCCCCAGUCUACCCAGGCUCCUGGCCAACUAGUUACAAAGUCAGGAUUUCCCAUGGCCCACUCAGGUUUGCUGUGCAAACACACAGAAUUCAGGAAAGCACUGUUUUGGUCAGUGCCGAGAUCACGUCUUGGAACUUUUGGACUGCUUGGCAAGCAGGAACCAACUUAAGCUACAUCCCUCUUCCCCUCACUCCUAUCGAAGCCGGCAGUGCUGUGGGUCUGUACUCACGUGCUUUGAAGACAGACAUGGCUGAUCCCUGGAGCUUAGUGACCAGCCAGUUUAGUUAAUCAGGGAGAGCUCUAGGUCAAAAAAUAAGGUGGAGGCGGGCUGGAGAGGUGGCUUGGUGCUGCCCCCUUGUGGACUCCAAGGCACCUGCACUCAAAUGUCCAAAUGCUCACACACAGUAUUGACAUAUGGCUUCUACACCUAUGGGCGCGGGCGGAAACAAUUGCUUCCCAGAGACAUCUUGUUUGUGGAAAUGAUGCAAAAGUCAGCAAUGAUUUCCAGAAAUUCCUCUCCCACACACAAGAAAAGACUAUAGAAGGGUCUGGGUGGAGCAGACUAAGGGACACCCAGCAGAAGUGUCUUGUGCUGCCUCCAGGCAGAAGAUAAGAGGUUUAGGACAAGGAGGUGGCCCGUGCCAUGAGACGGAGGGAGCUGUCUGGGUGAAGUGAUGGCACUCAGGCCAGGUGGGAGAAGGGAUGGAGGGAUAGGCGUGCGGUGGGGAGCAGAAGGGGAUGCCUGUUUUGAGGUUGGGAGGGCCCUGUGGAUGUGUAAAUACUUUUGGAAAGAAUCCAGCCAUGCAAGGGAGGGAGCAGUGAAGGAUCCAGGGAAGGGGACUAGGAGAAGCUUAGUGGGAGAGGAAGUUUGUAGGGCAAGCAUAGGACUUGAGUUUGAAUCUCCAGCACCCAUGUAAAGAGCCUGCAUACUGGCUGGCCUAUAACCCCAAUUGUUGGUGGGGGGCAGGGAUAAGAGGGUGGCUGGGGCUUGCUGGCUGCCAGCUCUGCUGCAGGGUUAGCUUCUGUCUCAAGGGAAUAAGUUAGGAAAUGCUAAGUAGAGGGCACCCAGCAUCCUCCUCUGACCUCUUUAAAUGUGCAUAUGGGUGCACGGGCUCAAUUGCACGCGCGUGUGAACUCACACAUGCACGCACACACACAUGCACACACAGGCACACUUGCACGCAUGUGCACGUGCACCCCCCCCCCAACACACACUCACUCAGAAGAUGGAAACAGUAGGGGCUGGGUUCUCUGGAAGAGGCUCCCAUCAAGGACACGCCCACCUGUCUGCUCAGCUGCCCUGACACUGUUGCCUGGCAGCCUGUCUCCACUUUCACAGAUGGAAGACUAUAUGGUGCCUCUGGUUACUUGGUUGCCAGAAGCCCCUGUCACUCCAAAAUAGCCCUGCCUCCAAAGCUGGGUCCCUACUGGUGUACAGCUCGGUGCAUCAUCUCGGCCCUCUGCACCCAUUCCCUUGGUAGGCGGGCGCUGGUUUGCAAGGCAUCGUCAUUCAGGCUUUUCAAGCCAGGCCUGGGGGGGGGGGGCAGGAAUCGUGUGAAUUGGAGACUUUACUGCAAGCAGGGAGACAGAAAGAAUGGGGUUGUGAUCCCAGGAAGGGCUCUUGUCCCCCCUUUGAGGACGUCUCCACUCUAGAGGCCGCUCUGUUUUUGGCAGAUCUGAGUUUUUCAAGAAAAAAAAUUAUUUAUUUCUGAGACAGUGUCCCAUGUAGUCCAGACUAGCUUCAGACUUUAUAUGUAGCCAAGGAUGGCCUUGGACUCCCGAUCCUUCUGCUAACUUCUGGAAUGACAGGCUCAUACCUGUGGGUGUGGGUUUUAUGCACUACUGGGGAUGGAACCUAGGGCUUUGCGAGUGCCAGGGCACUCACAGGGCUUACAGAGCUUCAUUCGCCACCUCUUUCCUACAGAACUGAAGCAGUGCUUCUUCUGUGAAUUGUCCAGAAGCCUGUGGUCUGCCAGGAAAGCUGAGUGAGGGAAAUGCAAAUGGUGAACUCAAACCUCUUGGAAAAGAGACACACCCCAAUUCCUAUUCUUACUCCUACCCUCAGGCAGGAAACGAUUUGUUGUGUCUUCAAACAAACGGGGGGGGGGGGGGGGCGGAGGAGAAGCCACUGGCUCAGAACGCUGGGAGCCGGUCUCUCCUCUCCCCUCCUCCGAAAGGCUGGAGGCUGAAUGAGGGAGGGCCUCUGGUUACUGGAGAGAGCAAGAACCCAAAGAGAUAACAGCAGUUCCCUCAGUUCCCGAGGGUGGCCCGAUGGAGCUGGCACAAUCUCUACCUGUCCAUCUCUGCCAACUCAAGAGUCUGGGUUGGCUGUUCUGAACCUGCUGGGAUCAGGAAAGGGCUCCCCCCCCCCCCCCCCCCGUUAACUGAUUAAGAACGUGCUAAUUAGCCCCAAUUCGUACGCCACAGUCAAGGGAAGAGUGUCCUGAAGCUACACCUAUGCUUCAGAGAAUAAAGGGGUGUUGGCUGGGAACCCCCUUCCUCUUCCAGCCUUGCAGCCUCAGUGACAAUCGCCCACCGUGGCGCACGGACACGCGCACAGCACCAGGCGAUGCGUUGCGGCGUGCGCUGCGCCCAGCAUCGGCGGACCCUGAGACGCACGCAGGGCCGACCAUCCUGUCCCCAUCCCCACCCACACCUCCCCGGGGUGGGGGGCCCUGGGCGACCUCGGCAGCUCUGACAGUGAAGACCCUGCAGAGUACCCGUAAAGGGUUCUCCCGGGGGUGGUCAGAGCCUCCAUGGCUCAUUCUAGAUGGAGGUACCUCCGGAAGGAGCUGGUUGAACGGCCGUGGCCUUCACCUUGUAGCCACUGGUGACCACACCUCCCCUAGCGCAGAGGCUGCUGCCAGCAGCGGCGGCGGCGGCGGCGGCGGUGGCCGGCGGCGGGAAAUGCUGUUCCAGCCUGCUCUGGGAGAACCUGGUGUGACGGCCAGGAUGGAGCUGGGCCCAGCAACCCAGACUUUUGUGUUGGAGCUUCGAUGUCUUGAGGAUGGGGGUCCAGGGCCUGACACCCUCUCAGGUAGCAGUGGUGGGAAUGAGAGGCAGGAGGAAGAGGAGGUUCAGGAGGGGCGCAGCCAUCCACAGCAGCCAGCGCUGGCAGCCUCAGUCGGGGUCAGUAACUAUGUCUACUAUAUCGAGGCAGAGCAGCAGGAACCACAGGACUUGCGAGUGCACCGAUUAAAGCGUCGGUCAGAGCCGGAACAACAGCUGGGGCACAAGCAGUUGCAAGAGCAGCAAUCUCAGCCUCAACUGUUAGGAUCCCAGCCAGAAUUGCAGCAGCAGCAGCAGCAUGAGCAGCAGCAGCAGCAGCAGCAGCAGCAAGAUGGGCAACAGCAGCUGUCUCCACCACAGCAAGAACGACAGGAAGACCGGUCCAUGCGGCAUCAUCAACCACAACCACAGCUGCAGGCGGUGCAGCUGCCGAGACUUGGACAAGAGCAGCAUCUGUUGCUGCAGCAGCACCAGACGAGGCAGCCUCCAAACCAAGCACAACAGCCGUUUCCACAGCAGCAGGAACAGCAGCAAAUCCAACAGCAGCAUCUUGUGCAGCAGCAAAUGCAUGAGCCUGCGCCACAGCAGCAAGUGCAGGAACAACACCAGUCACAGCAGCAGCAGCUUCUCCAACAAGAGCAGCUGUUGCAAGAGCAGAGGCAAUUGCUGCUGCAGCAUGUGCAAGAUCAAGCAUUGCAGUUACAGCAAGUGCAAGAGCAACAGCUGUUGCAACAGGAGCAGUUGCAGCAGCUGCUGUUCCAACAGGAGCAACUGUUGCAGCAACAGGCACACUUGCAACAGCAACACUUGCAGCAACAGGUAUUGGUGCUACAGCCACAGGGACAGCUACAGCAGCAGCUGUUGCUACAGCAGCAACAGGCACACUUGCAGCAGCAGCUGUUGCAGCAGCAGGAACAGCUGCAGCAGCAACAGCGGCACCAGCAGCUGCAGCCUCCUCCACUGGAGCCAGAGGAAGAAGAGGAGAAAGAGGAGGAGGGAGUGGAACUGGAACUCAUGCCUGUGGACAUCAGAUCUGAGCAGGAGCUGGAGAGGCUGCAGGAACAGCGGCAGCUGCAGCUAAAAUUGCAGGAGCAGCUGCGUCAGCUGGAGGAGCACCUGGAGCAGCAGCAGCAGAUGGAGCAGCUGCAGCUGCAGCAGAUGGAGCAGCUGGAGCAGCUGCAGCAGCAGCAGCAGCAGAUGGAGCAGCUGCAGCUGGAGCAACAGGAGGUGCACCUGGAGCUGACCCCGGUGGAACUAGACGCCCAGCAGGAGGAGCUGCAGCUGGAGCUGACUUCUGUGCAGCCGGAGCUGCAGCUGGAGCUGGUGCCCACUCCGGGGAUUGCAGCACCGGCUUCAGCCACCGUCGUGGUGGCCCCUCCAGGUUAUGUGGUGCUGCAGGAGGUCAUGGUGCUGCCCUCUGUGGCCACACCCACUGUGGUGGCCAUUCCGGGGCCCGCGGGGAGUGCGGCUCUAACUCCCGCCAGACAGCGGAGGAAGCGGCGAGUCCGGAACAGGCCGACCGUCUGUGGGGAAUGUGGCAAGGGUUUCAGCCGCAGCACGGACCUGGUGCGACACCAGGCCACGCACACUGGGGAGAGGCCGUAUCUCUGCAGCGAGUGCGGAAAGAGCUUCUCGCAGCAUUCCAACCUAGUGACCCACCAGCGUAUCCACACGGGCGAGAAACCCUACGCCUGCACCUACUGCUCCAAGCGCUUCAGCGAGAGCUCGGCGCUCGUGCAGCAUCAGCGCACCCACACCGGAGAACGGCCCUACGCCUGUGGCGACUGCGGCAAGCGCUUCAGCGUCUCCUCCAACCUGCUGCGCCACCGCCGCACCCACUCGGGUGAGCGGCCCUACGUGUGCGAGGACUGUGGCGAGCGCUUCCGGCAGAAGGUGCAGAUCCGCAGGCACGAGCGCCAGCUGCAUGGGGCAGGGCGCUCCCGAGGCCUGGGCCUCCUGCGGUCCUCCAGGCCUGUGCCCUCUACAAGGGCCCAGCAGACCUCUGCCUCCGGAAAGCACUGAGAGGCGUUAGAGCCAUUCACACACACCUCGACCCUAGUUCCUGGUUUUAACUCCAAUUUGAGGACAUUCUGGGCAUCUUGAAUUAUUCUUAGGAAAGGAAGACUUCCAGCUUUUUCCAGACCCCUCCCUCCCAAACACCAAGUUCACAGAUUCACCCUCCCCCCCGAAAACCAUCUCCAGGCGGGUGAGAGAGACUGUCCAACUUUGUCCUUUCUUGGGAAAAUAGGACUGAGAACUGAACUGGCUUUGUGGCAAACAACAAACGUGAGGUUUGAUUUAACCGAACACCAACCAGCAAAUGAGAUGGGCAAAGUCUGUAAGAGCUUGGAGAAUGGAUUGCUCUGAUACUUAAGGAGAAACUGGAAGGGGGGAGCUGAGGGAGGAAGCUCAGCCUGGGGUAAAUUGCUUGCCUAGCAGAAAGCCCUGGGUUUCAUCUCCAGCACCAAUACAAACCUGGUGUGUGGACAUAUGCAAUCCCAGCACUUGGGAGGUGGUGGCAGGAGGCUAAGGUCAUUGUCCGCCACAUAGUGAGUUGGAGGAUAGCCUGGGUUACAUGAGACCCUGCCUCAAAAACAAAAACAAAUAAAAACCGGUGGUCUUCAGGUUGUCACAGUGCAGUGAACUUGGUCAAGGCAGUGAAUUUUCAUGACAUAAAUCUUGAAAAUAUUUGUCAAGAUGAAACGUGGAAGGGUGGUGCAGAUGCCUGGUCUUUGCUCGUAGACAAGGUCACGGUGGCAGUCCAGUCAGUGUGCAAAUAAAAGCCAGAAGUCCUGCUCUGGGUGGAAGGUCAAACCUUCCUUCCCAUGGAGUCCAGACUACAGGUGUUAGAAGCAGAUUCGGGGACUCUGUUGGAAUGUCCCCUAGCCAUUUGUAUGUCCUUACUGUCCCCUGAUGUAAGAAUACAGGUGAAGAAGAGAUUUCCAAGAAGAGCUUGUAGCCCCGGCCUAGCCUAAGCCAUCUAGAUGCUGUCCAAGUGGUCAGCACCAUAUGACCCAGGGACCACAAUCUCCAGGGCUAAGCUACGGGGAGGGGUGGCCAGAGGAGUCCCUGCCUCCUGCUUGGGGGUGUGGGGGAAAUGUUGGGGACAAGGACUGGGGGUAUCAGAAAGGCUGUAAGCCAUGCUUACCAAAUCACGUAGGCCAGGGACUGUCUGAGCAGCGCACAGUGCUGGAAGGUGUGUGCGUGGAGGAGGUCUUCCAUGGUCCCCAGCCAAUUCCUGCCCCACCUAACCUCACUUGCCCACUGUGGCUGCUUGAUUCCUGCCCUUUCUCUGCCCUCCCUGCAACUCCUUCAGUAACACAGCCUGCCAAAUUUUAUACAUGUGUUGGCAAGUGAAAAACAAAACUUGGGAAAUAAAGUGGAUAAUGCCAA